AUGAGAAACUGUAUAUAUGUUCCCACUGUGGAGAAAAAAAGAGCCUUCAGCAGCAGCUCCGAUCUCUUGACCCACGAGAGGACCCACGUGGAUGAGAAACUGUAUAUAUGUUCCCACUGUGGAGAAAAAAAGAGAAUCCGUGCAGGGCAGUCCUCCCAUAUCUGCUCCCACUGUGGGAAUAAUUUUGGCUGGAUUCCUAAAGGGAGGCUCAGCGCAGACAGAGAAAAAUGUUUCAUGUGUUCCGAGUGUGGGAAAUGCUACAUUCGGCAGUCAGACUGCCUUAAGCACCAGAAAACACACACCGGAGAGAAACUGUAUAUUUGUGCAGCCUGUGGCGAAAAGUUUGCGACCUACACCUCUCUCAAAGUGCACCAGAUGAUCCAUCGAGGACAAGACACGUUCACAUGUUUGCAUUGUGGGAAAUGCUUCAUGUCCGGGUCACGUCUCUUACUGCAUGAGCGGAUCCACAAGACCACAUGCUCGUACUGCGGGAAAAGCUUCAGCCGAAAAUCAGAGCUGUGUGAACACGAGAGGACUCACGCAGCCACAGAGUAGCCUUCUUUCAAGUGCAGGAAAAGAUUUUCUGAACCUGAGACGACAGAGCCCAACUUGAAGGGCUUAGAGAUACACAUGACCUCUGAAAACCUUGGCUGUGGUUGCUGGCAGGUUCCAAGAUAUAUUACCCAAGAAUGUUUUUUUUAAUGUGUCAGAAGUAGAAAAAACAUUUCAAUAAUUUACUAGAAAGUAAUUGUAUUAACUAGGGCUGUGCAGGGAUUCCGAUUCGGAGCAUUUAAGAGCGUGAAUGUAGCAACUCUCUGUAAUUCCUUAAAGCAGUUUUGUUUUCCUAGGAUCCUGUGCUAGCUCGGAGAGCAACUGCCUUGUUGGAGGAAAAGACAUAGCUGCUUUAAAGCAUUGCAGGCUGAUGCUACGUCGGCACACCGAGUUAUUUUCCAGAGAUCAAAUCCUAAAUCAAACCACAUAGUCCGUCUAUUAGCUAAACUGGAUUGCAAUUAAAUUUGAAGACAAUGGAACCAAAUGGAGUAUUUUUCAUGCUCCCAGUGCUACUUUUUAGACAGCACACAAGGGCUUGACGCUCCAAGCUUGGGUGAGCCUUAGGAGAGAAGAAUUUCAUAUAUGAAUUUCUUUAUGAUUUCAUAUUAAAAGAAAAACCACCUUUCCAAUGUCGCUCUAAACUCCAAGGUGGUUUGUGAACCAUACUUAGAAAUGCAGAAUUGCUAAAAGUGGUCUUAUACGUUGGAUUUACGUGUUCAGAAUGUUUGCAAAAAAGGAUGUACGCCUGGAAGAGAAUACCCUUUGGCCUCUGAUGGCACAGAAUGGCAGAAUCUUCCUUUGCCCAGAAACAUGUGGUGGAAAUUGAGAUGGCAGACAGAAGGCUGAUGUCAUAGCUGUCACUGAACUUGGUGCUAUACCUCGCCACUGUAGUUAAAAAAAGAAAAAAUGUCCGGCAAAAAAGCGGGAAGACGCAGCCCUGUGGGCAGGUUGAGAUGGGAGUUUCACUGGGGAAGCUUGAAGUAAAGCAGCCUUCCCCAGCCCAGGUCCAGAUGUUUUGAAACUACAGUACCCAGAAUUCCUAGCAAGAAUGUUCCUUGGCCAGGUUGUUAGAGAAUUCUGGGAGUUUCCAAGACAGUGGGAAGUUUGCGUCAUUCAUUCAUUCAUUCAUUCAUUCAUUCAUUCAUUCAUUCAUUCAUUCAUUCAUUAUCUCUGUCUCCCCACCUCCUUAGCACUUAAAACUAUUUUAAGCAUCACUUCCCCUUUUUUCACUUUCAUUCUUUUAUUCUUACCCGUUGGACCCCCUGGACCUAUUUCUGUGUCAAUGUAUUUUAAGAUUGCAUUGCUAAGCCCCCCUUUUUAGCCUUUAAUUCUUUCAUCACAAACUUCUAUGUCUUCUCAGAGGACAUUCUGGUGAACUUAAUGGGAAUUUCUGAUCUAAACAUGAUCAAAAGAGGGGCCACAUACCCAUUAAGAAUUGGAAUAAAGAACAGCCUUGUCUAUCGCCUUGAACAACCACAGGCCCUAAUGAUGAAAGCUUAUAUGUUUAGCAACUUGCUGCUGUAGAAAUGCAGCGUGUUCAGAGGGUUUGAAAUACGAUGUACAAUACUAGUACGUGUGAGUCUGAAGUAAUAUUCCAUAUAUUACAGUGCACCAGAUUGUUUCAGUAGGACUGUUAAUGUGUUAUUCCUCUGUAAAGGCUAUUGGCACGUAUUGCAAAUUAAAUAACAAAUAGCAUAUUGAUCAGCCUAACAAGGCACUAUAUAAUUGCAUACAAGAGAAGAAAAAGAAGGGAAGUAUUUAAUUGAAAGAUCAGAAAUGCAGAUGUACUGAGAGAGAAUACUUUUUAAUCUCUUUUCUGAUGUCAGACUGACUAUUACUCUUCAAAAUGCAAAAUGAAAUGGAACUACACUGAUCUGGCAGUAGAUAACCCUAAUUUUCCAUGGUUGAAUUCUUUUCUAAUUUUCAACAAUAAAGUGAAAUAUAUUUG